AUGUUUGCAAACGCCCUUAAUCAUUUUCUCGAAUCUGUGAAUGGUUCCGUGCACCCAGAAGGCGGCACUUGGAUCGCCGUGUCGGACUACAAUCCUCAGAUCAUUCCCGCAAAAGAUAGGCGCGAGCUCAAAGAUCGGCUGCAUGCAAAAGCUGAUGAGAAGCGUGAACAACGCCGACUGAAGCGGCUGGCCAGCGAGACUACUCCAUUUUUGAGCCCGUAG